AUGGAAUUAAGAUUUCCCAGGUUUAGCCAAGGCUUAGCUCAGGACCCCACUACUCGUCGUAUUUGGUUUGGUAUUGCUACCGCACAUGAUUUCGAAAGUCAUGAUGAUAUUACUGAGGAACGUCUUUAUCAGAACAUUUUUGCUUCUCACUUUGGGCAGUUAGCAAUAAUCUUUCUAUGGACGUCCGGAAAUCUGUUUCAUGUAGCUUGGCAAGGAAAUUUUGAAUCAUGGAUACAGGAUCCUUUACACGUAAGACCUAUUGCUCAUGCCAUUUGGGAUCCUCAUUUUGGGCAACCCGCCGUGGAAGCCUUUACUCGAGGAGGUGCUGCCGGUCCAGUGAAUAUCGCUUAUUCUGGGGUUUAUCAGUGGUGGUAUACAAUUGGAUUGCGCACCAAUGAAGAUCUUUAUACUGGAGCUCUUUUUCUAUUAUUUCUUUCUACGCUAUCCUUAAUAGGGGGUUGGUUACAUCUACAACCCAAAUGGAAGCCAAGCCUUUCGUGGUUCAAAAACGCCGAAUCUCGUCUGAAUCAUCAUUUGUCAGGACUUUUCGGAGUAAGUUCUUUGGCUUGGACAGGACAUUUAGUUCAUGUUGCUAUUCCCGGAUCCAGGGGGGAGUACGUUCGAUGGAAUAAUUUCUUAGAUGUAUUACCCUAUCCCCAGGGGUUGGGUCCCCUUCUGACGGGUCAGUGGAAUCUUUAUGCCCAAAAUCCUGAUUCGAGUAAUCAUUUAUUUGGUACCACUCAAGGAGCGGGAACUGCCAUUCUGACCCUUCUUGGGGGAUUCCAUCCACAAACACAAAGUUUGUGGCUGACCGAUAUUGCUCAUCAUCAUUUAGCUAUUGCAUUUAUUUUUCUCAUUGCCGGUCAUAUGUAUCGAACUAACUUCGGAAUUGGGCACAGUAUCAAAGAUCUUUUAGAAGCACAUACUCCUCCGGGGGGUCGAUUAGGACGUGGGCAUAAAGGCCUUUAUGAUACAAUCAAUAAUUCGAUUCAUUUUCAAUUAGGCCUUGCUCUAGCUUCCUUAGGGGUUAUUACUUCCUUAGUAGCUCAACAUAUGUACUCUUUACCUGCUUAUGCAUUCAUAGCACAAGACUUUACUACUCAAGCUGCUUUAUAUACUCAUCACCAAUACAUUGCAGGGUUCAUCAUGACAGGGGCUUUUGCUCAUGGAGCUAUUUUUUUCAUUAGGGAUUACAAUCCGGAACAGAAUGAAGAUAAUGUAUUGGCAAGAAUGUUAGACCAUAAGGAAGCUAUCAUAUCUCAUUUAAGUUGGGCUAGCCUCUUCCUAGGAUUCCAUACCUUGGGCCUUUAUGUUCAUAACGACGUUAUGCUUGCUUUUGGUACUCCAGAAAAGCAAAUCUUGAUCGAACCUAUAUUUGCCCAAUGGAUACAAUCUGCUCAUGGUAAGACGACAUAUGGGUUCGAUAUACUCUUAUCUUCAACGAAUGGCCCCGCUUUCAAUGCAGGUCGAAACAUAUGGUUACCGGGAUGGUUGAAUGCUGUUAAUGAGAAUAGUAAUUCGCUUUUCUUAACAAUAGGACCUGGGGAUUUCUUGGUUCAUCAUGCUAUUGCUCUAGGUUUGCAUACAACUACAUUGAUUUUAGUAAAGGGUGCUUUAGAUGCACGCGGUUCCAAAUUAAUGCCGGAUAAAAAGGAUUUCGGGUAUAGUUUUCCUUGCGAUGGCCCAGGGCGCGGCGGUACUUGUGAUAUUUCUGCUUGGGACGCGUUUUAUUUGGCUGUUUUCUGGAUGUUAAAUACCAUCGGAUGGGUUACUUUUUAUUGGCAUUGGAAACACAUUACAUUAUGGCAGGGCAACGUUUCACAAUUUAAUGAAUCCUCCACUUAUUUGAUGGGAUGGUUAAGAGAUUACCUAUGGUUAAACUCUUCACAACUUAUUAAUGGAUAUAAUCCUUUUGGGAUGAAUAGUUUAUCAGUAUGGGCUUGGAUGUUCUUAUUUGGACAUCUUGUUUGGGCUACAGGAUUUAUGUUCUUAAUUUCCUGGCGUGGAUAUUGGCAGGAAUUAAUUGAGACUUUAGCAUGGGCUCAUGAACGCACACCUUUGGCUAAUUUAAUUCGCUGGAGAGAUAAGCCCGUGGCUCUUUCCAUUGUGCAAGCAAGAUUGGUCGGAUUAGCCCACUUUUCCGUGGGUUAUAUAUUCACUUAUGCAGCUUUCUUGAUUGCCUCAACAUCAGGCAAGUUUGGUUAA